AUGACUAGUGACCUGUCCGACGAUUUGCUUUUGAAGAUUUUGUCAUCACUUCCUGCCAAAGAUAUGGUCGGAACAAUGCUUUUGUCGAAGCGAUGGAAGUUUCUGUGGACUAUGGUUACAAAACUUCAUUUUGAUGAUAGUUUUAAGGAUUAUUACUGUGAUGAUGAGGACGAAGAUUAUGUUACCGAUGGUGAGAACAUUUUUCCUUACAGGAGAUUUCGGCAAUAUGUUGACAAGUUUAUGAUAUUGCAUAAGUCUCAUGUUCUUGAAACUUUAACGUUCGAAAUCGGUCUCGUAUCCAGAGCUGAUGAUUUGGCAACAUGGAUAAGGAUUGCAAUUGCUCGCCAAGUGCGUGAACUUGAAAUUCACCGUUCUAUUGCGGAUAAUAUUGAUUACACAUUUACAUUGCCAUUGGAUCUGUAUACGUAUGAUAAGCUUGUGGUUUUGAAACUUUGUGGAUCAAUUGUUCUGGAUGUCCCUUUGAUGGUUUCGCUUUCGUCUCUAAAAUCGUUACACCUCUUGAGCGUACUACUGUACCAUGACGAAGAAUCGCAUUGCCGUCUUUUAAAGGGUUGUCCUGUUCUCGAGGAGUUGGUCGUGGACAAAUAUAUCUAUGAUUUUGGUCAUUCGUGUUUGUGUGAGAAUAUGCCCGAGGUGGUGGAGGCAAAUGUUAAACUUGUCUGCAAAUUCCCUGAGAAGCUCAUGAGAUCUCUUAACUCAGUUAAGCAUCUCUCUCUAUGUCUACAGGGUUCAAUGCUUAAGCCUCGUAGUAGAUACAACCAGCUAGUUCACCUGGAGCUAUGUCGAUGCAGCAUAAUGUGGUGGGAUCUGCUAACUAGGAUGCUAAAAAUUUCUCCUAAACUACAGGUUCUCAAGCUCAACAAGUGUCAGGAACCCUUCUAUGAUUCUCCAAUAGUGCCCAUUAAAGGCAGUUGGGAACCAAGUUCUGUUCCUGAAUGUUUGGUGAGCCAUCUCAAAACUUUUGAGUGGAAGUAUUACAAUGGAAGUCAUGAAGAGAAGAAAGUAGUAGCAUACAUCCUGAAGCACGCAAGACACUUAAAGACUGCGACCGUAUCUGCUGAGGAAUUGUCGACGAAAAUUCCAACUCGGCAACGCAAGGAGUUGGUUUCUCUGCCUAGGGCUUCAGCUUCAUGUAAACUUGUUCUUGAUUGA